GCAUUUAUUUAUAAAGUACUUUGAUAGUCCUUUGGGUUUUGGUGAAUGUGAUUCAUGAGACAGGUUCCAAAACGUGAUUGUUUUAUAAAUUAACCUCUCACGAUGUAAUAAAGUCGUCUAGUGAAUGAAAUGUAUAGUUUACAUUUUGUGACAGAUUUAAUAACUCAAUGUUCAACAUGAGACAAAUGUUAGACGAGGAUUUUACUCAGUCGACAACAGCUAAUCAUCGAAAUUAAUAUUUAAACCUUAUCAAACAUAUUUUUAAUCAAAAUCAAAACAACAUGAUAAUACUCUCCAAAAUAGGAAUAAAUAUUUUAAUUCUACUUAUUACAAUAAAUGACAUAAAAGCUAGCUGGGAAGAAUGGUGGACUUAUGAUGGCAUUUCAGGGCCAGGUUUUUGGGGCCUUAUUAAUCCUGUUUGGAAUAUGUGUAAUAAAGGAAGACGUCAGUCGCCCAUUAACAUCGAACCAGACAAGUUGCUGUUUGAUCCGUAUUUGCGGCCACUUCAUGUUGAUAAGCAUAAGGUAACUGGUAUGCUUCACAAUACCGGACAGUCAUUGGUGUUUCGUGUAGAUAAGGAGACAAAGCAGCAUGUUAAUAUAUCAGGUGGUCCUUUAGCUUACAGAUAUCAAUUCGAGGAAAUUUACAUUCAUUACGGAACAGAGAAUUAUCAGGGAUCAGAACAUCAAAUUCAUGGAUAUGCUUUUCCUGGUGAAAUCCAAUUAUAUGGAUUCAACAAGGAACUAUAUCAAAAUAUGUCAGAGGCGCAGCAUAAGGCACAAGGCAUUGUUGGUAUAUCUCUGAUGGUGCAAAUUGGAGAUACGCCUAAUCCAGAACUUAGAAUAAUCACUAGCACCUUUAAUAAAGUGUUAUACAAAGGUUCUUCCACCCAAAUAAGACAUCUAGCGUUAAGGUCUCUCCUUCCUAACACAGACCAGUACAUGACGUACGAAGGAUCGACUACGUUUCCCGGUUGUUGGGAAAGCACCGUGUGGAUCAUUCUGAAUAAACCAAUUUACAUAACAAAACAAGAGUUGUAUGCUUUAAGAAGACUAAUGCAGGGAUCCGAACAAACACCUAAAGCGCCGUUGGGUAAUAAUGCCAGGCCUUUACAGCAAUUACAUCAUAGGACUAUAAGAACAAAUAUAGAUUUCAAUAAGAAUCAACAGAAUCAACAACAGAAUUGUCCAUCGAUGUAUAGAGAAAUGUACUACAAGGCCAAUAAAUGGACACCAGAGCUGCUCACAGUAGGACGAAAUCGUGAUUUUGAUUCAGUAUUCAAUUCUUACAAGACUCAAAACUAG